GGAAAUCAAACAAAACCACCAUGAUUCGCGGCGGGAGAAGCUACGUUACUUCACCUCCAUCAUUCUCCAACGACGCUAAAAAGCUCCUCGUCUGCACAGGAAACACUGUCUCUGUUUUCAGCGCCGCCACUGGCUUACAGAUUACUUCGCUUGAAGGUCAUACAGCUCCAGUAACAACUCUAAUUGUUGUUCCUGCAUCGACCCCUGCUCAAAAAAUCCUUUGUUAUUGUUGGACUGCGUCUCUUGAUGGUACAAUUCGUCAUUGGGAUUUCUCUGGACCUGAGCUUUUGAAAACCAUUGAUGCUCAGCUUCCUAUUUACUCUAUGGUUAUUCCUUCUCUUUUGAGUGAACCUCAGCAAAUUGAUAAACGUCGUGAAUUAUCUGGUAAGCUGGUUGCUUUUGUUUCGGUUGAGGAUAUAAGUGUGGUUAACGAAGGGUCUAAAGAGUUGCGUGGACAUAUCCGGAGAUUUAACCUUGCUAAACCGCGUGUUCCUCGUGGAGACACUUUGAAAGAGACGGCAGAACCAGAAUCUAUUGUUAUCAGUCCCUCGGGAGAGUUUUUCGGAAUCUGUCACAAGUGUAAAAUUCAUAUAUGGGAUAUUCCUUCUGGAGGAUCAAGGCAUGCUGUUUCAAGGAAGAUGACACUACAUCACACAAAGGUUAUCAAUGCUUUUGCUUUUCAUCCCACGGAGAGAGUUAUAGCUGCUGGAGAUGUAACGGGAAGAGUAUUGAUUUGGAGAGGAUUCGGUAAUAGAAAACUUGCCUUGGGUAAUCAAAAGAAAAAAGUGAGAGCAACGGUUGAUUUGGACAACCCUGGAGUGAGAGGUGAAGAUGAUACUGAAUCUUGCACUACAUGGCACUGGCACUCUGCUGAAGUAAACGUCCUUAAUUUCUCUUCCGAUGGAGCAUAUUUGUAUUCAGGGGGAAGGGAAGGGGUACUUGUCGUUUGGCAGCUAGACACAGGGAAGAAGAAAUUCUUACCAAGAAUAGGAUCUCCCUUGCUGUAUUUCGUGUGGUCUCCAGAUCCAACUCUUUCUUCUGUGGUUUGUGCAGAUAAUCAGAUCCAUCUGCUUAAAAUGCCUUCCAUGGAGAUCUUAAGGACCAUUUCUGGAAUCAAGACUCCUCCAUCAUUGCCUAGGAUGUAUGAAGGCUUGGCUAGUACUGUUGCCUUUGAUCGAUCUUCUGGCAUAGCUGCUUUGUGCACAGAGAAUUAUUGUGUACAGCUAUACAAUCUUCUUAAUGACCGGGGAAUUUCAGAGAUUCAAGUUUGUGAGAGAAACCAUCAACCAGGCGAUGAAAUCACAGUUGUGGUGACAGCGGUUGCUCUCUCCCUGGAUGGCUCAGUGAUGAGUACAACCGAGGUGAAACUUCCGGAAGAUGGCAUAGGAGGCUUAGUGUCCCUCAAGUUUUGGGCGUCUGAACCAGACAGCAAAACUUUCACCUUAUCCACAAUCGUAUAUGAACCUCACAGGGAUGCCCGUGUCUCAGCCAUUGCGUUCCACCCUACCCGCUCCAUGGCAGUGAGUACAUCAUUCGGUGGAGACUUCAAGAUUUGGGUUUGCAAUAGUGACAAGAAACAGACAGAUAAGGACUCUAGCUGGAUAUGUCACGCUGUUGGCUCUUAUAAGAAGAAGCCAAUGACUGCUGCUGCUUUCUCUGGGGAUGGCACUGUUCUGGCUGUUGCGGCUGAGAAUGUUAUUACUCUUUGGAAUCCAUACAAGAACAUUCUCUUGUCUGUUCUAGGAACCACACUUACGCCUGUCACGAAGCUCUGUUUCGCUGGAAAGUCUGAGUUCCUUGUUUCUGCAUCCCAUUUUCCAAGACCUGAACUAUCUGUUUGGAAUACAUCAAAGUUAUCUUUAUCAUGGUCAUAUGGAUUACGCAUAGAAGCCGUCACCUCUGCAGUGGAUUCAUCAGCAUUUGCAGUCUUGGCUGUGAUCCCAAAAAGUUUUAAAACAGAUGAAUCUAAUGAGAACAUCUUCCGUGGUAGAGAUGGUGCCAUUCUUUUGUUUAACGGAUCAGAUCCUAAGCCAGUAUCUAUAUGGACUGUGAUUAAGGCUAAGGGAGGAUCAAUCUCAUUUUUAGAAGGAGACAAGUCUCAGCUUCGCCUAGCGUAUGUAAAUGGAAGCCGUGAGUAUGUUGUUUUUGAUCCCAAUAGCGAUGAGUCACACGAGCGUAGCGCUGUUGACUACGACAGUCUUACUGGUCUGGAAGAGACAGGAGACGCCGGGUACACAUCCUUGUAUGGUCAGUUACCUGAUUAUGACAAGAAGAGAAUGGAAGAUGUUGACUCGUUAGCAACACCAUUUAUAUCAUCAGAGAGGCCAUGGGAAACAAUAUUCAGCGGCUCUACACUAAAUUUCCCGCCACUUCAGAAAUUAUGCGCUGAGUUCUUUGAGUCCCUAAUGGAGAAAAGAACGGCCGUUGUGGAAUGAGACCUUACACAAGAAGGUUUUGUAAGGUUUCAUACAGGAGCUCAUUUUUGCAGCCAUAUUUUGGUGAGCAAAGUUGUUGAGUUUGUUCAGGAAAUUUUGUAGCUUUUGGUUGUGAGAUUCGGUCCACUUUUAUGUUGUUGCUACCAAAUUUUGACUCAAAAAUGCAGGAUUCUAACAAGUGUGCCCUGUUUGACCCAAAAAACAAUAACGUAAAACGAAAUAU